GCCGGUCAGGAGGAGAGCGAUGCGCCAAAUAAUACUAAUGACCCGAGGUAUGCCAUGGCACGACAUGGGUCUGGUCGAGGUAUUUCUUGGUCCUGGUCUCGGUCUCGGUCUUGCGCGUCUCAUCCCCCACACUCUCCUGCCAUCAACAUUUGAGCAACCAUGACGACUUCAUUGCCCCAAGUGCAUCAUCCAGUCCUCAGUGUCACAUGGAAAGGGAUUGAGAAGCCAUCGAACGGUGUUUCUGUGAACCAGUAUCGAGGAAUCAAGUAUGCGAGGAUUCCGGGACGCUUCGAGCGUGCAACUCCCGUGGAUGGGUUUGAUGGGGAAGUGGUCGAUGCGACGAAGUUUGGCCCGAGAUGUCCGCAAGUGGACGUGGAUGUGCGCCAUCUACUGCGCAUUCCUGAAGACUUCGAAAUCCCAAAGGAGCCAGAAGAUGAGUUUGAUUGCUUAAACUUGGAGAUCACUUGUCCGCCUGCUGGGUCGAGAAGUGGCCCUCUUCCUGUCUUGAUCUGGAUUCACGGUGGCUCGCAAGUAGUGACGUUUUGCUCUGCUGCUUCUGGAAUUUGUGACCCAACCAAAAUCGUCGCAGACUCCAUAAAAGCAGGAAAACCCCUUGUCUUCGUCUCUAUCAAUUACAGAGUCAACAUCUUCAGCUUCGGUGACGGCAAAGAGAAGAAUCUCGCGCUCAAAGACCAGCGACUAGGAAUCGACUGGGUGCGAAAGAAUAUCAUGGCAUUUGGAGGUGAUCCGAGCAAUAUCACUUUGGCGGGCGAAAGUGCCGGAGCUGUCUACGUGCAUGCGCAUUUGACUACCGGGGUUUCUGUGAAACGAGCGGUCCUUGCCUCGGGAUCUCUGUAUCUUUCCUCGCCCUUGCCGGUUGAGAGGGGGGAUGGGCUCAUCAAGACUUUGGAGGGUAAGGUAAAAGAACUGGGCGAAAAGUCGCUGAGGGAAGCCUCUGUCUCGACAAUCAUACAGGCCUUGAAUGACUGCAACGUCAAUACAAUGUGGAUCCAAGAAGAGCCUGAACUUCAGAAUUGGCAGAUCAAACCGGAGCAGGUCGAGGAAAUAAUGAUAGGAGAUACGGAAUAUGAGUCGGUGAUCUGGAGAAAUGGUAUCGAAACUCUCGACGGACCAACCAUCGCCACUGCAUUCGAGCAGGACCCUCAAUGGGGCCCGCAGCUGCGCAAAAUGUACAACGUUGUUGCUGAUCGCCCGACAGCCUGUAAGCUAGGGGCGUUAGACCUAGUCAACGACGUCCGAUACGCUCUGCCCGUGGAAACGGUGUCGGAAAAGCUGCAAGCCGCUAACAGGCAGGUCUACAAAUACGUGAUCGAUCAGCCGAAUCCGUGGCAGGCAUCUAGCCGUUCUCAUCACGCAGUCGACCUUCUUCUCUUGUUUGCCGGAGUGGACCUUUCGUUUAAUCCUGCUGCAGAGCAUGUUGGUCAAGAGAUGAGAAACCGCUGGAUACGCUUCGUGAACGGGGAUGCUCCGUGGUCGCCGGGACGUAGAUUCGCUUUCGGACCGUUCGGAGAAUGCAAGGAGAUUGACGAGAGGCAAGUUGCGAACCGAAGACGGUUGGAGCAUGUCCGGGCUCUCAAAGAGGCUGGAAUGGGAGUAUACAUGCCCAUCAUAUUCGCCUUGACGGCAGGCAAGAUCAGUUUGCUUAAUUAGGAU